AUGGGAUUCGAUUAUGCCUUGGUACAUCUCAAGUACACGAUACCACCAGCCAUUGCCUUGACAUUGUUGUACCGGCCGCUGUUCGCUCGCAUUGAUCUAUACAAGAUCGCAUUUCUGGUGACGAUUGCGGUGGUGUCGACGAUACCCUGGGAUUCCUACCUCAUCCGGCGCAAAAUCUGGACAUAUCCACCAAGUGUUAUUAUUGGGCCACGAUUAUUCUCCAUACCGGCGGAAGAAGUCUUCUUUUUUAUAAUACAAACGUAUAACACAACUCUGCUUUACCUUAUUCUCAGCAAACCGGUUUUCCAUGCAAGUUAUUUGAUAUCCUCGAGAGAAAGGCAACGUCGAAUAGAGGUUACGCAUCGCAUUGGCCAGAUAAUAAUCGCGACAUGCGUGGGUCUUGGAGCAGCUCUGAUAUGGAGAGGUGGUGAGGGAACAUAUCUCGGAUUGAUAUUGGCAUGGGCUGGUCCUUUUGCGCUAUUACUAUGGACACUUUCUUCUCAAUUUCUUAUCACUCUACCAAUAAUGAGUACCUGGGCACCAAUUGUUAUUCCAACAUUAUAUCUCUGGAUCGUAGAUACCAUAGCUUUGAGGAGAGGAACAUGGACUAUUGAAUCUGGAACCAAGCUCGGGAUACAUGUCUGGGAAGGGUUGGAAAUUGAAGAAGCAAUUUUCUUUUUGGCUACAAAUAUCUUAAUAGUUUUUGGUCAGGUUGCAUUCGAUCAUGCUCUAGCGAUUUUACUGGCAUUCCCGAGCAUCUUUCUGCAAGUACCUGAGUUGCCAUCACCAGUAAAAUUAGUUCAAGCUCUUCUCUUGAGCCGGGAAAAAUACGACGAGCAGAGGAUAUACGGGAUGAACCAAGCUGUUUCAAGGUUGCAGAAGAAGAGCAGGAGCUUCUAUCUUGCCAGUUCGACCUUUUCGGGUCGUCUGCGGCUUGAUUUGACCUUGCUAUAUUCAUUCUGCCGAGUUGCUGAUGAUUUAAUUGACGAUGCUGAAACUGAAGAAGUUUCUCGAGAUUGGAUCAAGAAAUUGACCCAAUAUCUUGAUAUAGCAUACGCCUCAGACGAAGCACGAAUAAAAUCCAAACAACCAGACCUCCAAACGUACAUCGCCGAAAACUUCCCUUCAUCAGCCCAAUCCGCCCUCCGUCUCCUACCAACUCAUCUCCUCCCCUACGGUCCUCUCUACGACCUCCUCGAAGGCUUUAAAACCGACCUCUCCUUCCUCCACAAAUCCACUACCUCCAAAACAAACAACUUUCCCAUCUCCACCUUCCCCGACCUCGAAAAAUACGCCGCCCAAGUCGCCGGCACCGUCGCCGAACUCAUCCUCGAACUCGUCUUUCACCACUCCCCUGAAACAACCAAAGCUCAUCGCGCCCACCUCGUUUCCGCCGGCGGCCGCAUGGGAAUCGCGCUUCAAUAUGUCAAUAUCGCGCGCGACAUCGCGACGGAUGCGAAGAUUGGAAGGGUUUAUAUUCCCACGGACUGGUUGAAGGAGGAGGAUCUCACUCCUCAACACGUACUUAACAAUCCGAAAAGUGAGAAAGUCGAGAGAUUACGGCAGAGGCUGCUAGAUGAGGCAUUUAGAGUCUAUGAAAAGGCGAAGGGCCCGAUGGCGAAAUUGCCGAGUAAUGCGAGAGCGCCGAUGAGGGUUGCGGUCGAGUGCUACAUGGAGAUUGGACGCGUGUUGAGGGGGAAAGGGUAUGUGGUUAAGAGGGGACGGGCUACUGUGCCUAUUUUAAGGCGGUUGAGGGUUGCGUGGGGAGCGUUGGGCGAGUGA